AUGAAGUACACAUUCCAAUCUUUGGCACUUGCCUCAGUGGCAUCUGCCCGUGUCCUCCAGACCAGACAGCAGUCAUCAUGCUGCUUCGGCAUCAAUGUCUCUGGUGAUGGUGUACAGGGUGGUUCUCUUGGUCAGCUCAGCGAUGGCCAGAACCGCUUCGGUCCCAACCAGUCUGGUGCUACUUACUGCAUCAACGAUGGCAAGAUCACCGACAAGAGCGGUAGAGGAUGCAUCCUUACUGGGCCUACCACGCAGUUCCAAUGCGACCAAGGUGCUUCUCCUACUGGAGGCUUCUCUAUUGCUCCUUCUGGUCAGAUUGAGCACAACGGUGAUGCCACUUUCUACGCUUGCCCUGUUGAUGACAACGGCAACUACAACAUCUACACCCAGCCUCUUGACAACAUGCCUAAGUGUGUCAAGGUUGGCUUGAGCUCCGCUGAGGGUACCUGCGCUGCCCCUUCGUCCACUCCUGCCUCUUCUUCGGCUGCACCUGCCACCACUGCAGUUUCUGUCUCUGUCUCCACUGAGCAGUGCCAGCCUUCUACCAUUGUGAAGACUAUCACCCAGCAGAACAAUGUCACCGUUCCUGUCACCGAGACCAAGACCGAGUACCAGACUCAAGUGCAGACUCAGGAGCAGACCGUCCCCACCACUGUCUACCAGACUCAGACCCAAACUCAGUACAGCACUAUCAACGAGACUCAGACUGUCCCUACUACCGUGUACAAGACACAAGAGGAGACUACCACUAUUUACAAGACCGAAGAGAUUACAUCUACUGCUGUUCGCACGGAAGAGCAAACUGAGACUCUUCCUCCUGUCACUCAAACUCAGGAGACCACUAUUGAGCAGCCUACAACCAUUGAACAGCCUACUACCAUUGAGCAGCCUACUACCGUCUCUCAGGCCCCUGUUACCCAGACUGAAUCUGUAACACAGCAGAUCACAACUUCUGUUGCUAAGCCUACCACUGUUUCUCAGGCUCCUGUUACCGAGACCGUCUCUUCCUCCCAGCAGCCCUCUGCCACUCCUUCCGGCACCGGAAACUGCCCUCGUGAUCUCCCCAACAUGGACUCUUACUUAAAGCCUCGCCUCAUCGUCCCCGUCAACAGCAACCAGCCCGAAGCUGCCUAUGGCACUCAGUACAAUGCGUACGUUGGCAAUGGCAACAGCACGAUCUUCACCUUCGAUGUUCCUCAGAGCUACAAGGGCAAGCAGUGCGAGGUCAUCUUCACCUACCCAACCCAGUCCCAGCUUGAAACCUCCUUCGUGAAAAGCUCCGGAAACGGUGGCAUUGACUUCAAGCAACUUAAGAACGCAGCUGAUGAACACACCACCUUCAACAAUCAGCCUGCCGUCGCCAAGGACUUUGGCGAGAAGGGUGUCUCUACCGGUAACGCCUACACCAUCACUACUGGUGACUGCGACAGUGGUAACAGCAUCUCUUACGAGCUUACGGCUACUGGCGACUAUGAGACUUCCUGGUUCCAGGUGAGUAACCAAUCCUCAAUUGAUGUACAUGACAACGAUACUGACUCUUCACAGGACUGGAACCCCUGCCCCAUCGGCCUCUGGGUUGUUGCCAACUAA